AUGCAGUCAGUCAGGAUUAUACCUACCUACAUCGAGCGUGCCCCAGGCGCCCCAGCCACGGGAAGUUCCCUUCACAGUCACGGGCAUUGGAUGCCCGAGAAUGUCGAGCUUCGUCGAGCUUGGCUUUCAAGCCUGUUGGACAAGACCAAGGCUGAAAUCCCUCGGAAGCUGCGUGAUAACGUGGAAAACCCAGUUGAAACGUUCCGAAAGCUGAUUGAGAAUGACUCAACCCUUUACAUGCUCGCCCAUUCCAUGUUCGACGAAGUCCCCGAGAAGGCCCCGUACGAUAGGGACCCGACUACUCUCAAGAAGCAGGUUCGGAACUACAAGACCAUGCUAUACCUCUUCAAUACCCUCCUCACUGAGGUGCCUGAGUACUUUUUGAGAGACAACCCAAACGUACCCAGCGGUCUCAUCGGGUUUCCGUUCAACAUCAUUGUUGACUGGCCCAUGGGUACGCCAAGUGGACGGCAAUUCUUCUUGGAUACGAGAGUGAACAAGUGUCUCAAGGAUAUUCUGAACAAGUGGAAUGAGUUUCUCAAAGACCCUACAGCGCAGGGUAAUGGUAAUAAGGGAGGCAACCAGGCUCUGAUCGAUGCUGGGUGGAGUUCCGACGCGGCAGUCGAACAGCUGGUGAACAAGGCGAAUGAGUCCACGACUGAUAAAAAAAAAACUUUCUCGGAGAUAUUCCAGCACCCUGCGAACGGCACCCAAGAGAACUUCUUCAACUAUGCUUGUUGGGAUAAUUUCUUCACUCGAAGGUUCAAGGACGGUGUUCGCCCCGUAGCUGACGCGGCUGUCGUCAACGCCUGCGAAUCAUUCCCUUUGUCGUUCGACACUGAUGUUUCGCGUCGCAACACUUUCUGGCUCAAGGGAACACCAUACUCGCUUCAUGAUAUGCUAGGAGCUACUCAAGACGAAAGAGUUGCAUCUUACGUUGACGGCUUCGUCGGCGGCUCAGUCUAUCAAGCCUUCCUGAGUGCCGACUCCUACCACUGUUGGAAUGCCCCAGUUACCGGCAAGGUUGUAUAUCGCAGCCUGAUUGAUGGAACAUACUUCGCCGAAACGGCUGCGGCAGGAUUCGGAGGGUCGAAUGGUCCUGACCCAGCAGGUCCAGACGUAUCCCAGCGCUAUAUCACCCAUAUUGCUGCACGUGGUGUCCUCAUCGUUGACACCAAUGUCACAGGCGGCGCAAAGAUCGGGCUGGUUGGCUUUGUACCCGUUGGAAUGUCCGAAGUAUCCACAUGUGAUUGGUUUGACAAUACAGAAGAAGGAAAGACUAUCUCUAAAGGAGAUGUCAUCGGGGCUUUCCAUAGUGGUGGUUCCACUCACUGUCUUAUCUUCCAGCGGGACGCUGUGAAGAAGUUGCAAUUCAUUCCCAAGGCACAGUACCCUGAGAUCGCAACUACUAAUUUGGCUGUCAAUAGCGAAUUGGCCAAACUCACCUCUUGA